AGCAAAACAGUGGAACAGAAAAUCAGUCUCUCUCUGUGUUGCCAGUGGCUAGUGUUGUGUAAAGAUUCUUGCCUGUGAAGUAUGCCAUUUAUUUCCAAAGAUUGGCGUUCUCCAGGAGAGGAAUGGGUAAAAACUGAAGAAGGUUGGGAGAAAAAGAAAAUUCUUGAGUGCGGAAGAAAACACAGUUUUAGUCAGCAAGAAAAUCUUGAGACAAGGUGCAAUUACGGUUAUGGAUCAAGUGAUGUCACCUCAUUUGACAUCAAUAACAGAUGGAUGCAAGAAGAUGAAGAUAAGGAAAACAUGCAGGUCAUGGAAAACGUGACAGAGAGGAAAAACUCAGAUGGAGCAGUACAGCCCCAUUGUCACAUAACAAUUAAGUGUACAAAAGAGAUCGCUGGUUUCAACGGCCUGAGCGACGCUUUCAAGAGGUUGGACUUCCGGUCAGCUGUGCACGACGUGCGGAGAUUUAACUACAUCUGUAAACUGCUGGACCUUCUCAUCUCCCAGAAGCUGGCUGCGUUGUCAGGCUGUGCACAGAAGGUGCUGUUCAACAUGUUGGAGGAAGUCGCCUACCAGGUGUCUGCCAGUCAACAAAACAUUCAUCUAUUGAAUAAACUACUGCGGCAACUACGAGGCAUGAUCGACUGUGCAUGUUGGGGAAGACCCCUAGGAUCUACACAACUGUGGGAGAACCAUCUGGUCACCAUCAACAGGAUACUGACCAUAGCCAACACCAUACAGAUACGAGAGCCAGGAGACGAAGUGUUCCCAAAGUUACAAAACCUGCCAGAAGAGUGUGUGAGAGAGGUUAUGUUGCGACUGACGGAUCAUAAAGACCUAGAAGCCAGUGGGAAGGCCUACAGUGUGAUGGCUCGCCUGUGUGAUGAGCAACGUAUCUGGCGAGAGCUGUGUCAGUUCCACUUCACAUCACAACAGAUAGCCUUCAUCACAGACCAGAUGGAACCUCCACACGACUGGCAGCAGGUCUACCACAAACUGCGCAAGUCGUUUGGUCUUCGAGAGGAGUACGCCGAGAUGAUUCAGCUGUGUCGCAACUGUCGCUGUCUCUUCUGGAAGUCUAUCGGACAUCCUUGCAUCGCAGACUCUGACCCAACGUUCCAAGAGAAGCUGGAGGACGUGGACAAGAGCUCACUGCAUGUGCCGAUCCCUCCACACGCCUUCCUUAAGUUCUUCUCUCUGUAGAUCAGAGAUGUACUCUGCUAAAACCGAAGACAUCGUAUUAUGAUCCGCCCGGCAUCAUUGUAAAUGUAUUGUAAAAUACUGAAUCAUUUAUAAAUUGAUUGGUAUGAAUUUAUUCUUUAUUACUGAGUAAUACUAAGUUUUUGUGAUUGUGCACAGCCACUAAUUUGUCUCAUUUUCGGGAAUGGAGCAGAUGUGUUAUUUCCUUUAUUUGUUGUGGUUAAAAUUAUAAGUUGUGUGUCUAAUUUUUAUUCAUCCGUAACAAAGUCAAAUGAAAUGUACUUAUUGAGCUCACGAAGAAUAUGCAUCACAUUUCCUAGUUUUAGUUUAAAGAUUGUUGUGCUUUAAGUAUGUUUAUUAUUUGUAGUGCAAUCGCACAUAAAUGCAUUUUUAAAUUGUGUAUUUCUUUAAAAGAAAUAUGAUUAGUUAAGGUGCUUGAUGUGUAGGGCUGAGUGAUUUGUUUUAUACUUUUUUUGUGAAGUUAAGCAUAAAAUGCUCUUUGAGGUUAAAGUUAUGAGUUGUUACAUUUGCUUAUUCACAAAUCACCUUUUAAAUCCUCAUUUCUUAACAAUAAUUUUUUGGAAGCAAAAGCACUUGGUUUAAGAGUUCAUUAAGGAAGAAGGGAUGGAUAACACAACUAACUUACUCAAGAAAAGAGUUCCAAGCACUUAAAAGCACAAAAAAAGUUUAUAACAUAAUAACUUAUUUCUUCUCAAGGUAGGAGCAAAAUUUAAGUAAAUUGUGUUGCGACUUUUUGUGUGCCUUCAAUUACUUGGAACCCGUUUUGUGGGUGAUCCAUUCCUUCUUCUUUAAUGCAUUUCUGAACAAUGUGUUUUUGUUUGUUAACGUUGUAAUAGCAAAGGUUGUGUUUUAAUCAUGCCAUGCCCAGUAAAUCUGUAAAAAUACAAUGUUAACUAAUCUGUGGUGUCUUAGGUUAAUUUAUUAUUUGGCAAGUCUUAAAAAUUUUACAUUAAAACCUCAAAAAUCUGGAUUAAUUAGGGAUCCUUGUUUUCUGGAUUAAAUUAAUAAGAUGAACAUUGCUGUAAGGAUACCAUUUCCAUAUAUAAUAACCUAUUCCGCCAGAAAAAUAAGCAUCAUUAGUGUAUUCUGUAUUUAAUACUAAGUAAUCUACUGAAGCACUAAAUAAUGCAGCAAAACUGAAAAAAUGUACAGUAGUGACCUCCUAAUACAGCUGUGUGAUAUUUUAAUUUUUACAAACUGCUGUCUACCCUUUAAGGUCAAAAUUUUUUCAGCGAGUAUAGGUCACCAUUUUCGAGCAGUCGGGAAAAUGGGAGGCUGCGACCUAUACUCGCCAUUCGACCGCAAAGGGUUAAAAUUAAUUCACUAACUCGUUCGCUCAAACAUACAUGCAUUUAUAAUUGUUGACACAAUUGAGUUUUGAUGUGUAGAGUGCGAGAUAAACCUCAAACAUUUGCACAAUAAAGGAUAUUUUAUUUACUACUUUUACAUAAUAUUUCAUCACCCAAUUUUAUUAGAAACUGUGAGUAUUGAGAGUGUAGUAACCAAAAAUAUUUUUUGCUAAAUGGCUACUAAAUAAUUUGGAAGGUCUCAGUAAAAUAAAAUGCAUCACAUCACAUUGCAAUGUAUAAAAUUAAUUGUUCUCAAAGCGUUGUUCUAAACAGUUACUAUAAUGAGUUUUGCAUUGAGGCAUAACCACAAAUGUAGAAGAUGCUCCAUUUAUAACAAAAACUAAAAGGUUUUCCUUGAACUUGUUACUUUUUUAACUGUUUUCUUUAAAAAAUGUUGUGAUUAGUUAAUUGAGAAUACUCACAUUACUUUGAAUGUCUUGUUUUGUGUGUUUGCUCUCUCUAUUUCCCAUUACUCUUAAGUUAUUAGGUCAAGUCGCACUUAGUGUAAGUCAGUGACUAACCGCGUGAUAUUACCAUUGCUUUCUUCGUAUUCGCUAGUCAGGCAGCUGUUUUUGCAUUAGUCUGCAAAUUUUGAGGGAUCAAGUAGACUAAGCUUAUAGAGUUAUUUUCUUUUAAGGAAGAUUUUGUGAUUGUGUACUGUUCUGUGCACCUUUAUUUCUCAAUUUUUUUUCAAUAAAUAUUUGAAAAACA